GACCCUUUGAAUUUCCAACCAUCCAACAUCUACUGAGAACUUCCACUGCGAUACAGGAUACUCGACACAUCCAAGUCCAACCAAGGUUUCAACAUGGAUAAAGCAAAUUCCUCUAAAAAGCGAAAGAGCAUUGGCUCCGCUCCACCGCCAACGAAACGUGCAAAGAGCGAUGUGAAGGCUCCUACGAAAACAACGCCAAAUAAACCCCAGCCAAAAGGGAAGAACAAUGCAUCUCCUUCAACCAAUGGCGCCGGUAAGCCGAAAGGCCCGACUACCCGCUCUCGAAAGCGCGCGAGCGACUACAUGGGGGACUCGGACGACGAGAGCGUGAUGAUGACAAAACCGGACCUCUCACGGGAUGAUGAGCCAAAGGAACCUGAGAAGAGCGCACCUGCACCAAAAGAGAAGGCGGUUGAACAGAAGAAGCCGGUAAAGAAGGCGGCAACUAAGGCGGCGACCAAGGUGGAAACCAAGGUGGAAACCAAGGUGGAAACCAAGGCGGCACCCAAGGCGGAAACCAAGGCGGCAACCAAGGUGGAAACCAAGGCUCAACCGAAGCCGGCGAAACGCGCGAAGAAGGCCGAACCUGAACCAGAGCCAGAAGCCGAGGAGGAAGAGGUUGCUCUCCCAUCCGAUGAUGAUAACGAAAUCGAGGAUCAGACGGCCGCUUUACUUGCCGGAUUCUCCAGCUCGGACGAGGACGAAGAGGACGAGCAGAUUGGUGGCAUCGAGGAUGUACCCAGGGUGCCGACCUCCGAGGAUCUCAAGAAGUUGUCGGCCAAGAAGAGCAAUGGGAACGAGGAGCCCGGGACCAUUUAUAUAGGCCGCAUUCCGCACGGAUUCUACCCGCCGCAGAUGCACGCCUACUUCUCCCAAUUCGGCACCAUCAACAAACUCCGCAUGGCCCGCAACAAAAAGACCGGCCACUCCAAGCACUACGCCUUCUUGCAAUUCCACUCCGCCGACGUCGCCGAGAUCGUCGCCAAGACCAUGAACAACUACCUGCUCUUCGGCCACAUCCUCAAGGUGCGCUUCGUGCCCAAGGACCAGGUCCACAAGGACCUCUGGAAGGGCGCGAACAAGCGGUUCAAGGUCGUGCCACGCGCGACGCUGGAGCGGAAGAAGUUGGAAGCGACGGUGACACGCGAGCAGUGGGAGCGGCGUAUCAAGCGGGAGGAGGAGCGGCGUGAGAAGAAGAGGGUGGAGGCGGAGAAGUUGGGGUAUACGUUCGAAGCUCCGAAGUUGAAGAGCGUUGAUGAACUCCCGAUUCGAAAGGUAGAGAAGGAAGAGGAGGGCAAGGCGGAGGGGAAAGUGGCGGAGGAAAAGGUGGCAGAGGAGAAAGAGGCGGAGAAGCCUGCAGCGAUUGAGGCACCGAAAGUCGCGGAUGAUCCGGUCACCACCGCGGUGCGAAAUGCCACGAAGAAGGGGAAGAAGAAGCGGGUUUCUCAGUCCGAGAAAGUCCUUGCUGCCUAGGGUAUUGCCACUGUUGAUAGUUUUGGAUUGAUCUCAUUCUAAAUCCAUAUUAUUUCCUAAAUCUCAAUUCUACAUGCUUAUGCUAAGGAGCGCCAUAUCAUCAUGUC